UAUUUACGUUUUUAGACUACGGUGUACAAGAGGUGCCAGACCGUCUGUAGGUUCGCGUUUUGGUCGACCCUCCCCCACCCUUAGCGACACCUAGCUUCAGAAAAACCAGGGGAAGAACCUCAAACAUCGUGUUGCAGGUGACAGAUGUUAUUCACAUCCCACCUGUGUGGCUGUGUUCAGGAGUCAGACCCCGAAGAGAUGGAAACCGAGGUAACACGGCAGGACGAUGCGUCAGUGGAUAUGGAGUAUAAUCACCUCCUACGGAGAAUCCUCUCUCUUGAAACGAUAAAAGAGAAGAACUACCAACAGUUGAGCUCCAAAGAUGAGGAGAUUGACACGCUGAGAUACAAGCUGAGUAUGACACAAGAAGAGGAGGAGGUUUACGCCAGCCUCCAGGACCAGAUGGAUAACUGCAUUCAAGAGAGGGAGCCCAACGAUAAACUCUUGCAAUCACUGCAGACCGAGAUGGUGGAAAUUAAAAACAAGCUGGUAACCAUGUCUACGAGAUGUCAAGAUUUAGAGAAGACAGUAAAGGGGCAUCAGGACUACGAUUCAGAUGGCCAGAGCACCUGUUCUGCUACAGUUGCUCAUAUUCAGCUCAGAGAUGCCUUGGAGAAGAAUCAGCAGUGGCUGGCUUACGACCAGCAAAGGGAGCACUAUUUAAGGGGCGUGCUGGACGAACUGUCCGGUCUGAAGCAGCAGCUGAACCAAGCCAACCAAGCCCUGUCAGAGCAGCACAAUGCGGCCCGUUCAGACGAGAGGGAAAGGAUGAGCCAGAUGCAGGAUCACUAUGACAGACUCCUGCUCAAGGCCAAGACUGAGCUGGAGGCUCUUCGAGAGCAGCUCAACGUCGCUCACGAAGACCUGGACAAGAUGCAGUGGAGUUAUGAGAAGAAACAGCUCCAUGUGCAGGAGCUACAGGAACAGAUCCAGGUGGAGAGGCUGAGGAGCCAGAAGCGUGCCCAGGAAGAGAAGAGUCAGGGCGGGGAGAGAGAGAGAGCACUCAGGGCCCAGGCAGAAGACCUCCGACAGCAACUGGAUGAGGAGAAGCAUCAGUCUGCUGAGCUCCAGCUACAGGUGAAUGUCCUUCAAAAUACAGUGUUGAAUCACCAAGACGAUCACAGGAAGAUUGGGAUUCUGGAGCAGCAGAUUCAGAUGUCGGCCAGAGACCUGGAGGAGGAGAAACGCGACUGUCUCAAUUUAAAGAAACAGCUGUACAGACUCCUCAAAGAGCUACGGAAAACCAGUAAGACCACAGCGGCAGAGCAGAGACACCAUCAGGACGCCAGCGGGCUCCAGACCAGCGGUGCUGCUCCAGACCGCUGCGGCUCCCCUCGCACCCCCGGCGCCCUGAACCAGAGCUUCCUGGAGUGCCCGGGCUGCCGGGCGCAGUACCGGUCCAGCCAGCACCGGGAGCUGUUGGCCCACCUGGACCACUGCCUGGACUGAGGAGCUCCGCCAGGAGACAGGAGGUCCUCCACCUCCUGGUCUCCCCUCAGGCCUCACGAGAGGGUCGUCAUGAGCCUCAUGAGUUUUUGACGUAGGAUUUUUUUUGAGACAUCGGUUGAAAAUAAUACAAUUUGCUGUUUAAGGUUUAUUUCAAAGGUUCAUUUAGAAGAUAUAUUUACUUAAAUCAUUUAGGGAGUGGUUUCGGAGCUAUGUGUUCUUCGUAGUUUUGCUGUUUUUGGUUAGUUCUAAACUUCAUGCCUUAACCAUUCACUUUCUGCUCAAGGCAAGCCAUUGCACAUUUUGAAAAUUAAAGAAUAUUUCUUGACAACA